AUUUUGUCAUGCUGAGCUAAACAAAACCUGAGUGGUUUGCGAAUAGUGGGGCAGUUACCGCUCAUCGGACAACAUGAACCGGGCACUUCGAAAGUCUCAGUCUCUGCGCAGCUGUUCGGUCCUCGAGGUGAAAAGUAAAUUUGGUGCAGAGUUCAGGAGGUUUUCCUUGGAUCGUUGUGAGCCUGGCAGGUAUAAAGACUUCUACAGGCUUAUUGUGCGUUUGCAUCACCUAUGGCAAAUGGAUGUCCUUAUCGGCUAUGCGGAUGUCCAAGGAGAGCUGUUGCCUAUCAAUAAUGAUGACAACUUUUGCAAAGCUGUGACCUCCACACAAUAUUUACUGCGUAUCUUCAUUCAGCUACAAGAGGAAGCUGAUCAGGAUAACGCAGGUGCUGAUGAUGCAACAAAGCGAAAGAAACCUGUCAGCCACAGAAAACUAACCUUUCAGAUCAGCAUGCCACAGAACUUCCGUCCCGUUUCUUCCAUCAUUGACGUGGACAUCAUACCAGAAUGCCACCGAAGAGUGCGUCUCUAUCGCCAGGGCUCGGACAGACCUCUGGGCUUUUACAUUCGUGAUGGUACUACAGUCAGGGUAACUCCUUACGGUCUGGAAAAGGUUCCAGGCAUCUUUAUCUCCCGCAUAGUACCCGGUGGACUGGCGGAGUGCACGGGACUGCUAGCCAUUAAUGACCAGGUCCUGGAAGUUAACGGUAUUGAUGUUAUGGGGAAGACUUUGGAUCAGGUAACCGACAUGAUGAUUGCCAACAGCCACAACCUCAUCAUCACAGUAAAACCUGCAAACCAGCAUAACAACAUAAGGCGGAAAAGCUGCAUUUCCUCAAGCUCGGGACACUAUUUUGAUAGUAUGGACUCUGUAAGCUACCCAGGGCUGCCUAUGAUAAUGAAAGCUUAUGGUUUAGGUGCUGGCUCUGAGAGCGAAGAGGAUGCAGAUGUGAUUGUCGAGAGCCCCAUCAAACACCUGUCCCAGUUUGGUGCUUCAACCGCCUCUCGAUCUUCUCAGCCACAUGUUAAUACCUCCUACAGGCCCCAAGUUUCUGCCAGACGGCCCAACUCGCUCAUUUCGGCAGCGUCCUAUCAUUCUCAGCCUUGCCUGACCUAUACAGCUCACACUGACCACAGCCUCCCUCUUCACAGGAAUCUGAGAGCCAAGCAGCAUUAUGGGUUUAAUCCAGCCGUCAGACAGGAAAGCUACAGUACCCAUGACAUUCUAAACACGUGGCAUGUUGAUCUGAGUAGCCAUUUAUUGUUGCCCCAGGGGGCAAUGGAGGAAGAUGGAAUUGUUGUCAUUUUGUAAAAGAUAAACCUUCUGAAACGACACCACCCAUUUUAAACUUUGAAAUGACUCUGUGUACACAGAAUUCUUUUGCAUGUCAUGUGCAUGCAUUACUUGCAUAUCUUGCAAGUUUUUACUGAUAACUUUUAAGGUUACUAUAGAUUCUGUAUGUUGAAGUAUUGUUUUUGUUAUACAUCAUCAAAAAUGUUUUAAAGGGGUGGUUCAUUAUGAUUUCACUUUUUUAACUUUAGUUAGUGUGUAAUGUUGCUGUUAGAGCACAAACAACAUCUGCAAAGUUACGACGCUCAAAGUUCAAUGCAUUGGGGAAUAUUUUCUUUUACAGAAUUCUCUGUUUAAGGACUACAACAAACGGCUGGUAGGGACUACAAAGAGCUUCUUCCCGGGUUACUGACAUCACUAACCCUAAAAUUGACAUAAACCCUGCCCCUGAGAUCACGCAACAAAGGGGUGAGGCCAUGUUAUUGCAAUACAGUACGUAACACAAAUGCAAUAGCAUGUCAUAAAAGCACGACGCCAACAUAAGUUAUAACCGUAAUUAAACUCAACUAUACCUGUUCUAUCUUCAUGUAGCAUAUUUUCUCUGGCUCUGUAGUAUCUUACAACAGUUCCAACACGAUCGAUUCAUAGAUUAUCAUGACAGAAUAUGCUAAUCAAUGACUUUAAGAUAUCCCAUAUCAGCUACAUAAAUUCAUCAACUAACCAUUCAGAAGCGUCCUGUUGCAUUCUACAUGUUGUAACUUCUUCUUGAGUCUCUCCAUCAUUGUCCGACUUCGAUUUGAACAUAAAAGGCUGAACAGUUUCUGACAUUUUCAGUGAGUCUUCGUGAGGUAAUCGGCGCUGCUAACACUAACAAGAGCUCUUGAAACCCCGCCCUCUGCUUUGCAUUUAAAGGGACACACAAAAACGGAGCUUUUUUUGCUCACCCUCAAAAAGAGACAAAUUUAACAUGGUAUAAAAAAUUAUCUGUGAGGUAUUUUGAGCUUAAACUUUACAUACACCCUCUGGGGACAUCAGAGACUUAUUUUUCAUCUUGUAAAAAUGGCAUUAUACCACCCCUUUAAAAAUGUAUAGUUCACCCUAAAGAUGAAAAUUCUGUCAUCUUGGACUCACCUUUAUGUCUUUUCUUAUGUCUUUUUAAUUUUCUUUCUUCUGUAGAACAUAAAAAAAUAUAUUUUGAAAAAUGUUGGUAACCAAAUGUUUUGGUCAUAUCAUGCAAAAUUCACUUUUACAUGGUGUUUGAACAUAAAUGUGUGUCUGCAGUGUUUACGCAAUCACCCUAUAAUGGUAAAAAUCCACCCACUCCUCUUUUUUAAAUCCCCAUAAAUCAUAAGCAGUGUCUCAGAACAAGCCGUUUGCAGAAUGGAGCUUUUGUGACGUCACAAAUUCCUAGGCCCCGCCCACAACUGCUGAUGGACUCUGCCCUAUUAGCAUAGACCCCGCCCUAGGUGAGCUGUACACAGUCCGCCAUGUUUAUCUCCAGAGAAUUUAACAGCAGCAUUAAAGUAAUAAAUGUAUUUUUAUUAAAGCUACUAAGUUAUUCAGUCAA